UGCGGAAUUGCAAACCACGCAUUUGAUGAUCCUCCACCACGAUAUGAUCAAGUCUACAAAGACGAUGAACCACCUCCAUUGUAUGAAACUCUCGGAAAUUACGGCAACGUUCAGCCCAACUCCGGCGCAGAAAGAAGGAGCUCAACAGCAGCUAAUAAUCAAACCACCGGAAGAACACCUGAAGCUAGAGGACACGAGCGAGCACCAUCUUACAGCGUAUACAUUCCACCUGAUUCACGAUCGGCUCCACCUAGACAGGACAGCGUUAGUGAUGUAGCAAUCCCAAUUUCUACUACAUCACGACAAAUACAAAACUAUAUGGAAGAAGUACGGGAACGGUUCUCAGCUGUGAGAUAUACGACGAGAUUUUGCUACACUUGCUCCGUACUUAACUCGAAGCGUGUAGUUUACAAGAGAGGGGGAGGUGUAGGAAUAGGAAAUAUUAUUUGA